AUGGUUAUUACGGUUAUAUUGUUUGGAGCUUUGAUUAGCGUUUUCUUUUACUAUGUUUGGACUUUAAAAUCACAUUAUGAAUAUUUUGCACGACGAAAUAUUCCUGGUCCACGACCUAAGUUCUUCUUUGGUCAUUAUUUGAGUAUGUGGAGUACACCUUCCUUUGAUCGUCAAAUUCAAAAAUGGACUCAUCAAUAUGGUCCUAUUUAUGGAAUUUUUCAAGGAACACACCCGAUAUAUGUUGUAUCAAAUGUUGAUUUCUUACAAGAAGUAUUCAUCAAACAAUUUUCGGUGUUUCAUUCACGUCCUCAAAACAUUCUUCUUCGAAUGCUUAAAAGUAAUGUAGCUAAUCUAUUUUCUGCACGUGCUAAUCAAUGGCGACGUCAACGAUAUGUUAUUAAUCCAACAUUUACAACUGAUGAAAAUAAUAAUAAUGAAUUUAAUAUUUUUGCCUUAUACAAACGGUUGACUAUGGAUGUUAUUUGGCAUUGUGCAUUUGGCAUUGAUACGGAUCUACAAAAUGAUAAUGAUAACAUGUAUAUGAAAAAAUCACUAGCCUGUUUUUCUCGUGAUCCAGAACAAAUGUUCUUUGUGAGAUUAGCUAAUUUAAUGCCAUUUCUUAUUCCAUUAUUAAUUAAAAUUAUGACUAGUUCUAUUACAUUAAUAAACUUUCUACAUUCAUUAAUGCCAUCAAUGAUGCAUAAUAUUGAAGGUCCUCCUCAAUUAUGGAUUGUUCAACAAAUUGAAAAUGUUGUUAAACAAAGAUUAACAACCCAAAAUAAACGAAUAGAUUUACUUCAAUUAAUGUUAGAUGCAUCUACACAACAAGAAAUUAAAGAUCAUGAAAAUAAUGAAUCAAUAUCAAAAAAACUUCAAUAUAAAGAAGUAUCAACGAAUGCAGCAUUGUUUUUAAAUGCUGGUUAUGAAACAACAUCACUUAAUCUUGCUUAUUCAACAUAUGAAUUAGCUAUACAUCCAAAUAUUCAAACUAAAUUACAAGCAGAAAUUGAUGAAUAUUGGAAAGAUGAAGAAGAAAUUGAUUAUGAAAUAAUUAAUAAUAUGAAAUAUUUGGAUAUGUUUAUACGAGAAGUUCUUCGACUACAUGCUAUUACACAUAGAGUUUUUAGUCGAGAAUGUUCUCAAUCAACAAUUGUUUGUGGACAUUACAUUGAAAAAGGUAGUAUUAUCCAAGCGGAUGCAUAUUCAAUUCAUCGUAAUAUUGAUUUAUGGGGACCUGACGACCCGAACGAAUUUGUUCCUGAACGUCAUAUGAUAAAACGACAUCCAUUGGCUUAUAUGCCAUUUGGUGUUGGGCCAAGGAAUUGUGUUGGAAUGAAAUUUGCAUUAAUGACAUUAAAAAUUACUUUAGCAAAUAUAUUACAUAGAUAUACAAUUUUACCUGGUGAGAAACUUGAACAAGGAAUGAAAAGACAAGAAACUGUAACUUUAUCGCCAGAAGCUAUUUACAUACGAAUUGAAAAACGAUCAAAAUAA